AACCCUGAACCUCAGUGUGUGAGCUGAGUGUGCUACUGAUCGAGCUACGGGACACCUUAUUUAUAUAUGUGCCUUCCGUUUUUCAAUCAAUGCUUUAUCAAGAGCUUGCAAUGUUGCACAAGCCCAGGUAGAUUAAUAAUAAUGAUAUUAAUGUUUCAGAGAGAAGCGGAGGAUGGAGGAGCUGUCACACCAGUCUCUGGAGGAGGACGAUGACUCCGUUUGUGAAUGUGAUGACUCCGAUGAUGACCUAGAUGAGGUAGAGGCUGCUGGAGGGUCAGUGGUGGUGGCAGAGGCUGGCGGAGGGCUGACGGAGGUGGCGGAGGCUGCUGGAGGACCGGUGCAGGUGGCACAGGCCACUGGAGAGCCAGUGGAAGUUGGAGGGUCAUCCAGAGGAGUGAACAGGGUGCUGCAGGACAGAGCCAGCACUGGCAAUAACCAGAGUGCCAGGCUACAGCUCCAGGUCCAGCCUGGAGGGUCAAGCAAACAAGUUGGAGUGAUGAGACCGAGAAGUGGAGUGAAGGAGUAUGACCUUAUACCAGUGCCCCAGGGGGCCACAGCAGCACAGAGAGAACCCCCAGGGCCCAAAACAGUGCUACCACGAAGAUCCGUAUGCCCCCUGACCUCCAAGCUCUCACGAAAGAUGCGAAAAAACUUCCAUGACCACCAGAGGGCUACUUAUGUCCCCUGUUGCACCAGGGCUGAUGUCAGGGCCAUUGGUGACAAGUCCAAGUCCUUCAAUGUCCACUGCAACAAAAACCAGGUUCGGCCGACAUCUCUACAUGCAUCCUCACAGCAAAACAGAGAAAUUGAGCGAUUGAUCACCAAACAGCGGCGGAUGACACUGGAUGACUGGAAGGAUCAUGGUGGAACAGCUGGCCGGGUUGACUGCUCCGGCAUCUGGGCUGACACAAGGGAACAUAUGCCAUCCGCUAGGACGGAACACCGGCAGAACGAUGGAAGGAACGGAGCGUUCCGGCCAUGGCAGAACAACAGCCGGGAAGGCACUUCUGCCCGGCCGUGUCCUUGGCCCUGGCCGGGCGAAGGAAGGAUGGAAGUGUUCUCGACCAGGACGAGGCCUCGGCCACGGCGGAAUGACUGGAACAGAGUUGAAGUGUUCUCAAACUACUGUCGCCAUUGUGGUGGGCGAAAGUGAGGUCAACCCGGGUAUUAUGACCCCAGACCUGUACUCUAGAGUCCAUCAAACUGCAUAGAUGGCCAUGGCCAUCAUAACACUGGCCAUCAUGACCAUGGAAGGGUGGCCCUGCUCAUCAUAGCACCAGCCAUCAUGACCCUGGAUGAGUGGCCCUGGUCAUCAUAACCCUGGAUGGGUGGCCCUGGCCAUUAUGGCCAUGGAAGGGUGGCCUUGCUUAUCAUAGCACUGGCCAUCAUGACCCUGGAUGGGUGGCCCAGGUCAUCAUAACACUGGCCAUAAUGACCCUGGAUGGGUGGCCCUGGCCAUUAUAACACUGGCCAUCAUGGUUUUGGAUGGGUGGCUCUGGCCAUCAUAACACUGGCCAUCAUAGAAAUGGCCAUUGUGACACUGGAUGGGUGGACCUGGCCAUCAUAGCACUGACCUUCAUGGCACUGGAUGGGUGACCCUGGCCAUUAUAACACUGGCUAUCAUAGCACUGGCCAUCAUGGCACUAGACAAGUGGCCCUGGUCAUCAUAACACUGAUCAUGGCACUGGAUGGGUGGCCCUGGUCAUCAUAACACUGGCCAUCAUAACAUUGGCCAUCAUGGCACUGGAUGGGUGGUGCUGGUCAUAACACUGGCCAUCAUGGCCCUUGAUGGGUAGCUCUGGCCAUCAUAACACAGACCAUCAUAGCACUGUCUUUCAUAGCACUGGAUGGGUGGCCCUGGACGAGUGGCUCUUGCCGUUGUAACACUGGCCAUUGUGGCACUGGACAUAUGGAUGUGGCCUUCAUAGCACUUGCCAUCAUGGCCCUGGAAGGGUGGUUCUAGCCAUCAGAACACUGGCCAUCAUAGCACUAGAUGUAUUGCACUGGCCACCAUGGCACUGGAUGGGUGGCCCUGGCCACGAUAACUGGAAAUCAUAGUACUGGCCAUCAUGGCCCUCGAUGGGUGGCUCUGACAUCAUAACACUGACCGUCAUAGCACUAGAUGUGUUACACUGGCCAUCAUGGCCCUGGAUGGGUGGCCUUGGCCAUCAAAACACUGACCAUCAUAGCACUGGCCAUCAUGGCAUUGAACAGGUGGCUCUGGCCUUCAUAACACUGGCCAUCAUUGCCCUUGACAUGUGGCCCUGGCCAUCAUAACAGACCAUCAUAGCACUAGCCAUGAUGGCCCUAAAUGGGUGACCCUGGCCUUUAUAGCACUGGCAAUCAUGGUACUGGGUGGGUGGCCCUGGCUAUUAUAUCACUGAUCAUAGCACUGGCCAUGAUGGCCGAGAAUGGAUAGCCUUGGCCAUCAUAGCACUGGAAAUCAUAGCAAUGGCCAUCAUGGCUCUCAAUGGGUGGCUAUGGCAAUCAUACCACUGACCAUAAUAGCACUAGAUGUGUUGCACUGGCCAUCAUGGCCCUGGUUGGGUGGCCCUGGCCAUCAUAACACUGGCCAUCAUGGCCCUGGCCACCAUAGCCCUGGCUAUCAUGACACAGCAACAAUAUUUGGACUACCUCCACCACUUCAGGCUGAAGGACUAACCACCUUAAAUUACUUAAUUACUUGACACUUUCCACUGUCUCUCUGAAAUUGACUGAUGAAGCCAGUAAAGACUACCGGGUGUUG